ACCUCACCACCUCGCGCCGCUCGCUCCCUUCCUUCGUCGUCCUCCUCCCCACCACCUCCGCAGCGGCAGCGGCAGCGGCGAACCCGGGCGCCCAUGGAGGCCGCGGCCAUGCCAAGACCCCCGUGCCACUCCCUCCCCUCCUCUCCGCGCCUCCCCGCCCACCUGUCCCUCCUACUUCGGCCCCGCCGCUCGCUGGCUCUCUCGGCCCCGGCCGCCAGGCCAGUCGUGGCCCCGUGCGCCGCCGCUGGCCACAGGGGCGAGAACGAGACCACCCCCAUAGAGAAGAGGUUUCCUCCCUUCCCAACUGUGAUGGACAUCAACCAAAUCCGCGAUAUCUUGCCACACAGGUUUCCAUUCCUUCUGGUUGAUAGAGUGAUUGAUUACAAGCCAGGGGAAUGUGCUGUUGGGAUCAAGAAUGUUACAAUAAAUGACAACUUCUUCCCAGGGCAUUUUCCGGAGCGACCUAUAAUGCCUGGUGUUCUUAUGGUGGAGGCAAUGGCCCAGGUUGGAGGUCUAGUGAUGUUGCAACCUGAAGUUGGUGGAUCUCGAGAGAACUUUUUUGCAGGGAUUGAUAAAGUGAGAUUUCGGAAGCCUGUGAUUGCUGGAGACACCUUGAUUAUGAGGAUGACUCUGAUCAAGUUGCAGAAGAGGUUUGGAAUUGCAAAGAUGGAAGGAAAAGCAUAUGUUGGAGGCGACCUAGUAUGUGAGGGAGAGUUCUUGAUGGCUACCGGAUCUGAAUAAGGCACAAGUUUUGUGUUUCAAUAUUUUCGAACCAAUCAGCUUCUUUGCCUACCACAAUCAAGUCUUGGGCUAUGUUGUAACACAGUUCAUAUAGUCUAGUCCGGAUGGUGAUGCUUAAUGCAGGACUGCAGAGCUAUAUAAUGCUGUCAUGCCAAAUAUGUUAAAUUGAAUUAACUAGAUUUUAUUGUUUUUAAGAAAAUGUUAGGCAUAGUGUAUGGACGAUGUCGUUGCUUUUUGAAAGUCCUGGCAAGUGGCAAUUUUUUGCAAGGUUGAGUUGUACAGAGUGCACCUUUGUUAUACAUGUGUCAUCUGUUGGAUUUAAUUCGUUUUCAGUUUUCA